AUGGAUACUUCUGGUUUGGGAGGUGCGUUUCUGUCAGGUUCAAAUGGGGGAAUAUUAGAUCUCGAGUCAUCAAUACCUAGGCACCAGCCCACCCAAUUGGCUCAUUCCUCAUUGGCACAUCAACAUCAUAUGAAUUUGAUGAGUAGUGUCGAAAAUGAUCACCCAAUUUCACUUAUGGAAGUGAAAGGUUCGACUGUGAAAGGUGUUCCUGUGUUUGGCAAAGGGAAGAGUAUUGCCCCUGGAAAUGCUAAUAGUAAUUAUAACAUGAGUGAAGAAGAUGAACCAAGUUAUAUGGAAGAUGGGAAUGAAAGCAUUGAUGGGGGAAAAGGGAAAAAGGGAUCUCCAUGGCAGCGGAUGAAGUGGACUGACAAUGUGGUUAGGCUUCUUAUAGCAGUGGUUGCUUGUGUGGGUGAUGAUGGCAUGCUUGAAGGUGUUGAGGGGCUUAAGAGGAAGUCUAGGGUUUUGCAGAAAAAGGGAAAGUGGAAAACAGUUUCAAAGAUAAUGAUGAAUAAAGGUUGUCAUGUGUCGCCUCAGCAGUGUGAGGACAAGUUUAAUGACUUGAACAAAAGGUACAAAAGGUUGAAUGAUAUUCUUGGGAGGGGAACUAGUUGUAGAGUGGUGGAGAACCCUGCUCUUAUGGACUCAAUGCCUCACCUAUCUGCUAAAUCGAAGGAUGAUGUUAGAAAGAUAUUGAGCUCAAAACACCUAUUUUACAAAGAAAUGUGUGCUUAUCAUAAUGGGCAGAGGAUACCUGAUUGCCAUGAUUUUGAUUUGCAAGGUUAUUCUUUACCGCUAGGGAGGUGCUCAAGAGAUGAUAAUGGAUCUGAUGAAGAAGAAGCUGAAGAAAAUCAUGAUAGUGAGGAUGAUGAUUUGGACAAUGAAGAUGAUAGCAAUGUUGACAAAGAUGGGGAGAGGAUGGGAGAAUAUGGUCACAGAAAGAGAAUGAGCGAAGAAGAUGGUUAUUUCUGGCCACCAUCCAUUCCACAGGAUAGUUUUGAAGUUGAAAUGGCUGGUAUUUUUCAAGAUCCCACAAAGUCGUCAUGGGACCGGAGGGAGUGGAUUAAGAAACAGAUGUUGCAGCUGCAAGAGCAAAAAGUCAGCUUCCAGGCACAAGCUUUUGAGCUUGAGAAACAGCGAUCUAAAUGGCUGAGAUACUGCAGCAAGAAAGACAGGGAGUUGGAGAGGUUGAGACUGGAGAAUGAGAGAAUGAAAUUAGAUAAUGAGCGGAAGCUAUUUCAACUGAGGCAGAAGGAACUGGAAGUAGAAUGGAGGUCUGAAGCUUCCAUAGAACGUCCGUCUCUUGGCAUUGACAGACCACAAGGGAGAGAUCAGAUCGAUUUGGGUAGGUAUCAAUAG